AUGAGUAAACUAAGCUCUCAAGAGUCCUUACCCGAUUCACCUCUUCAAACUGCACGCAAUGUCAGUGAUCUAGAAACACUUUCCUCCACCUCAGUUGAACUGUCUAGCGAUGACGAAAUUGAUGAGGAUAGCGGUAUCAAGGAUAAGAUUUUGACACGCACUCUAACUAAACGUUCUCUGGCAAGUACAGAAAGUGAGGAAAAAAUUGCAAAGAGGAACCACUCUUCGAAUUCUGAUGGCUCGAUCUCAUUACGGAAAUUUGAUUUAGGGCAACACUAUGAUCCUGAUAUUACCACCUCAAUCGAAAAGAUCAAUUCGUUGAAAGAACAAAUGGUAAAUAAUCAAGCUCAAGAAGCAGGGCAGACAAGUCCAUUAGCUCUGAGAAAGAAAAAAAUACGACAGCUAUUAAAGAAACCCAAUGUUAGCAGCUCGUAUAUCGAUAUGAUUGCGAAAGAAACUAUCUCUCAAAAAUAUGUAGACUGGCACUUCAUUACGGAAGACUCAACAUUUGUUCAGAGUGAUUCCUCGUUAAGGAACCUAAUUCGAUCAUUUGGCGUCAGUGAUCUCAAAAUUCAAGCAUUAUACAAUGACAGGAUAACAAUUUCAAAGGCAAGACAGUACGAUACAUUAUGCGAGCUGACUCCAGUUAAAAUUAUGAUGGAUACAUUGCUGAAAUAUAAAGAUGAUUCACUUUACUUUUUGAAAAGUCUCAUAUGUUUCAUAAUGGACAGAAAAGUUUAUGAAUCUGUAGAGUGUGACGUUGUAUGGUGCACCAGGGUAUUCAACAUGUUUCCAGAGAGCAAAUUUUUGACAUGCUAUUUACAGCUAGUCAACAAUGAUGACUAUUUCAUGCAUUAUAGGCUAAUGAGAUUGAUACCCUCCUUACGAUGUUCACUGUUAAAAUGUAUAUUAUGCAAGUCUCCAGAUAUCCCGUUUCUUUCAGAGUUAACAAGCGUGUUUGAUGACUUACUGGACGCAAAAUCAUACGAAACUCUCCUUUACUACAUUCUUGUCGUGGUUGGACCAGACGGUAUACCAUUUGGCGACAACAAAUGCAUCAGGUAUUUCGAAAAGUGCAUUUCUGAUAUUUUAGAUCUUGAGAAUGGCGAAGUUGAGUUAACGUUAUUGAAAGGCAUUUUGAAUAUGUUUAGAAAAAUCUAA